AUUGCCUUAUUCUGCCAGAGCCAGUGGUAGAGUGUAGUGGGCUUCUUCUGGAGAGAUCUUUGAUCAGGUAGUCCUUAUCCUACCCAUCGUCCUCUGCUUCAUCCAUGUCUCUGUUCUUCUGAUGAUUGUCUCUUCCUAUAAAUUCCUCAUGGGACUUUAUAUAUAUGUGUGUGUAUGUGUGUGUGUGAUUGUAUCGAUAUAUAAUUUGAUGGCUCCAUGUUAGGUUUGUGCUAAGAAAUGAAAAUUUGUCUGGGAAUCGGAGCUCUAAACUCAUAUGGCUGUUUUUACUACUAUUUGAUUUGUUAUAAAUCCGUCUGGAGACUGGGAGGGGUUCUUGAAUUUUUCUCGUGAGAGAAAUUCUAGGGAAAGUUUGGGCAAGAAUCGAUUUCAAGAAUCAAUAUAAAGUCGAAGAUCAUAGAUAUGUCGGCGAUUUGACGGAAAUUUUAGAGAAAGUAAACUUUUCUUGAGUUUUUCAUGGAGACAUGAGAGAGUAGGCUUAUUGUAUUCCAUUAAUCCAUGAUUUUUAGAUCAUGCUUUAUGAGAGUCUAUCUGAGUGUGGCGUGUAAUCGCAAUAGAAAGAGAAGAAUAUCCAUUUUGGUUUUCGCAAGGCUUAAUCCAUGAUUUUUGGAUCAUGUUUUCCGAAAAGCUAUGUGAGUCUGGUGUGUAAUCGCAAUAUAAAGAGAAGAAAAUCAUGGAUUUAGAUUUUGUAGAGAAGUUUGAAUUAAUCAAAUGCAGUAUACCUGCUAAUAGCGGUGUGUGGGUAAUUUCAUCCCGGUAAUAGUGCAUCUCUGAGUAAAUGAUCCUGUAGUGAAUUAAACCACUGUGAUAUUCUUGAAUAUUGUACUCUGAGCAAACAGGUAAAAAAUGCAAGGAGGAAUUCGAACUGUCCUAUCACAUGGGAAUGUCUUCAAGAACGCAGUUCUGCAACAUAUGCGUUUGGUGAACCCAGUCAUGCGGCCUCUGGUGUUUUCACGCCACGAGUCUGUUUCAGCUGUUCGUAUGGAAGAGCAUGGGUUUGAAAGCACUACUAUUUCAGACAUUUUGCAAGGGAAAGGGAAAAGUGCAGAUGGCUCUUGGCUUUGGUGCACUACAAAUGAUACUGUUUAUGAUGCUGUGAAGUCGAUGACACAACACAAUGUUGGAGCCUUGGUGGUGGUAAAACCUGGGGAGCAGAAAUCAAUUGCUGGAAUCAUCACCGAGAGAGAUUAUCUCCGGAAAAUCAUAGUGCAGGGAAGGUCAUCCAAGUCAACUAAGGUUGGGGACAUUAUGACUGAAGAGAACAAACUCAUCACAGUUACACCUGACACCAAAGCUCUGAAAGCAAUGCAACUGAUGACUGAUAACCGCAUCAGGCACAUUCCAGUGAUCAAUGAGGGUGAAAUGAUUGGCAUGGUGUCCAUUGGAGACGUGGUUCGUGCUGUGGUCAGUGAGCAUAGGGAUGAGUUAAACCGCUUGAACGCAUAUAUUCAGGGCGGUUACUAGAUGAUGAUGACGAAAAAGCUGUUCAGCUGUUGGAUACUUGCUCCAUGAACACUAAGCCGAGUCUGGUAAAUAUGGUGCCGUGUGCAUCUCCUACUGUGUAAUGUUGUGUGCGUCCAGGUGAUGCAUAUGAACUGAGAGGCUACUAAUAAGCACUCUGAAGCGGCUUGAAAACUUCUUGCACAUGCACAUUAUUAGGUAAUCUGGAAUAACAAGGUGUUAUGGUAGUUGACAAUCUUAUGCACCAGGGUCUGAAUGCCAACUUUUUGCAAGUAAUCUCUCUUCACUCUAUGUUGAUAGUUUCUACCUCCUAGUAAGUACAGUAAAUUUUUCUGUGUGGUAGAGAAUAUUUUCGUACUCUUUUGUCAUCAUUUUUUGAUCAUUCAAUAAAUUGUGGACAAAAGACAGAAAGAAAGGAAAA